UUUUUUUGAAAAUAGGAAGUCUGUGCCAGAAGGUGCUAGUACUACAGAACCCAGGCUGACAAGUGCACUAUGGAAAAAAAUUAUACAAGAAAAUCCUUUAGAUAUUAAAAGUACUCCUGUAUAUAAUGAAUAUAGUUUAAUGGAUGUCAGAAGUGAGCAUAUUCUAGGAUAUAAUCAAGAGGUUAAAACAAGUGAACCAGUGACUCAGGCAACAUGCUUUUAUGAAUGUGAUAGAAAUACAAGCUCCCCAGUAUCAAACUUUGACAUAAGCACAGUGGUACAGAGAAGUGAGGUGGAUUUACCUCCUGAUCCUCUUAAGAAAUUGAAAGAUGUAAGUGAUAUCUGGGAAUCAAAUACACCAAGACAUUCAUUAUAUAUAAACCAGCUCGGUAACAAUAUUCAAACACCAAGUGAUAACACAGCCAACUUUGAUAGUUUAGAAAACAACCAGAAUCAGAAUGAUUCUGGUAUAUUUUUAGAUGUAGAGCAGAAGGAUAUACAGGGUGUGAGUAGCCUUUUAUUUUCACCGCAGUCUAUUAACAAUAUUUGGGGGGCUCCUGGAAGUGCAAGUACCCAAGAUCAUAGUAUAUCAACAACAGAUAUCCAGCCACAGGGAUUUAGUAAGAUCAGUGCAACAGCAUGGGAUCACUUCCUCAGUGGUCAGCCAACUUUAAACACCAAAUGCAAUCUGGGAAGUGAAAAUCACUUUACUAAUUUGUCAGGCAGAAGUAGAUUCCAGAACCUUCACUCCAGUUACAGCAACUCGACAUCACCAGCCAGCACCUGUUUUCCAGUAUGCAGUCCUCAGAAUACAUUUCAGGGAACUGAACCAGUAUUCUCACAAGAAACUCAGCAACCAGAUUUAGUUUCACUUAUGGAAGAGCUCUCUUUAAAUGAAACAUUUAAUUAUGGACAAGGGAACAACAGAUCAUGGACUUCCCAGCAUGCAAUACAAAAAAAUGCUGUAACCUCAGUCAAGGGUUGUGUGUUUUGCAAAAACAACAAUUACCAUUCUACUUUUUAUAGAUCACACUCAUUAAAG